AUGAGAAAGAUCACAGAUGAAAAUUCAUCAAUUUCAUCAAUAAUACUAUCAAAACGUUUACGUGAUCGUCAAAAUAAAGAAGAUCGUAUUCCUCGAAAAAAGACAAGAUACGAGUUACGUUCAUUUAUAUCAGGCAAAAAAAGAACAUCGAGACGACGAGCCUAUGUAAAUGAAAGUAGUGAUAAUGAAAGUUUAUCAACGAGUGACGAUACAGAAACAACACUUAGCAGAAAAGAGAGUGAGACUGAUUUCGAUGGUACUGAUGUUUCACAGAAUGUUCCAGAAACGCUAACAACGAAAAAAUUUGAUCCAGACAUAUUUGAUGAUGAACGUGAAGAUGCAGAUGCGAAGCCAUCACUGUCAAGUGUCGUGAAUGAUGGUGUUAUUGAUUCAUCAAUAAUACGUUUAUUAUCUGGGAAUGAUUUAACGUUAUAUAAAUAUUUUCUAUUAGAAAAAGUUAAACAAUCACCAUUACGUAAAUAUUGUUUACAAUUAAAAAGUCUAAUGGACGAUCUUGAUAAUGAAUUUCACUGGCAUAUGAAACGAAAUGUUUAUAAUAGUUCGUGUUAUCUUUGUAAAACAACAGUUGCUAAUCAAACUAAAUAUAAAAGAAAUAAUCAAAGUUAUGAUAAUAAUGCUGCUUAUACUCAAUGUACGAAAGAGAAAACAUCUCUAGUUUUAAUCGCAAACACUUCAGAUGCAAAUAUUUCUGCUUGUCCACAACCAUGGUCUUAUGUUAAUCCAACAUCAUAUGAAGUUUUAUGGAGAAUUAUUUAUUGGACAUCACAAUUUUUAACAUGGUGUCUUCUUCCGUUUAUGCAAUCCAUCUGUCAAACGGGUGAAUUUUCUGUAAAAGGCAAAAUUAAAUAUGCUUUAAUAUCAAAUUUAAUAUAUUACGGUUCUUUACUGUUAAUAUUUGGUAUAUUAGUGAUUUAUGUUGCUGUUAAUUACCAUUUGGAUGCACCAAACUUAAAAGUAAUUGUGGUUACAGCUUCAACAACAUGGGGUUUAUUUUUACUUGUAUUAAUGUUAGGUUACGGUCUCGUUCAAGUACCGUUCACUGUGUGGAAUCAUUCUCGCACAUUAUACAUGUUAUCACAUGUUCAAUUUAAAUUAUCACAAUUAUACAAUGAAAAAGUUGAUAUUGAAGAAAAACUCGAUCAUAUCAUCGAUGAUGUAUCGAAAAUGUGUGUUCAUAUUAAAUAUAAUGAUCCGUUGAGACACUGUAUUGAAACAAUAGUAAAAAUUAUACCCGAUCAAUAUCAAUAUAGAGUUAAAUUAAAUACGGAUGAUUAUGAAGAUUAUACAAAUACUAAAAAACGAACACCGGCCUUACUAGAUUUAUUAACAGAAAAACAAUUAAUUAAAGUACAUGAAAAAUUAAAAACAGCUAUUCAUAUUCAUCAUCGUGUACAAGCAUCUUGGUUACAUAUGAUCAAUGAAGCAUUUCAUCUAGAAGAUUUGGUUUUAAAUGAAAAAAAUACAAAUCAUGAAUUUAUGCACACUUCACCAUUACCACCUUUGUGGUUAAGACAAAAAUUAUUUCAAAAACAUUCAACUUUAGAAUGGUAUACGUACUGUUUAAUUCGUCCAUGGUUUUUGCGUCUAUGUGGGAUAGUACUGGGCGUAAUGUCAUUAAUUGUUAUUUGGUCUGAAAUGACAUUUUUUAGUAUAAAACCGGUAUUAUCAAUAUUUGCCGCAACAUUAAAUGAAACACGCAAACAUUAUGAUUAUUUUACAAUUGAAGUUUUUAGUUGGUUUAGUAUAUCGUAUUUGUGUAUUUGUGCUUAUUACACAAUAUUUCGUAUGCGAAUAUUCAAUUAUUUCUAUUUAUCAUUAUAUCAUUUAACAGACGAAAAUAGUCUGAUAUUUGCUGCCACAUUAUUUUGUCGUUUGACGGCGCCACUCAGUUUCAAUUUUCUUGGACUAAUACAUCUUGAUAAAGCAAUAACAAAAGAAGAUACACAUGAAACUGUCUUUACCAGUAUAAUGGGUCGCAUGGAUGUAAUACCUAUUAUAUCAAAAGGUUUUAAUAUUUAUUUUCCAAUGUUAAUAUUUUUUCUUUGUAUUGGAACACUUUUUCGAUUGGGUAGUCGAUGUUUAAGAUGUGUUGGUUUUCAACAAUUUUUCUAUGAUGAUGAUAUCUCUUCGGAAUAUGUUGAAGAUGGAAAAAAUUUAAUGAAACGUGAAAGACGAGCUUUGGGCGGUGUGUUGCCUAAUGAAGUGACAACGACAACAGCUACACAGCCUCGUGAUCGUCGACGAGAAAUUGAAGAAAAAUAUGGCCUAGGUGGAGCAAUAGCAUCAUCAAAACUGAUUGCUACAACAACAAAUAUCAUACAACCCAAUUCAAAUGAAAAUCGUCCACUGAACCCAUCGACUAAUUAUAAUGAGCCAUUAUUGAAUCUCAACAAUGAUAGUGGCUAUUUAUCUCCUGUUCAACCGAUCUUAUCAGGUUCGAUAUUCUUUUAUCUCUCACUGACAAUAUAA